GUGGGAGAGAGCAGGGGAGGGAUCGAGGGAGGGUGAGAGACGGAGGGGACGUGUAUGUUAGAGGCAGUGUAUCCCUCGAGGUACAAUACAACAACCUGCAGGCUUAGAAGCGCCGGGACAUUAACUUGUAGAAAGUGUCUUACGGAUAUACUUAAUUAAACUGCUGCCGGCAAGUUUGUGCCAAAACCUCGUAUCCGGAGAGACUCGACCAACUUGUUCAACGUCAACACACCUCAAUACUACUUCUCGUUGCCAACAUGCCUUCCGAGAUAAUGUUGUUGACGUACACAGAGUGACAGCAGAUAUCUUUUUCUCAUCGAGCAAGCCGCAGGAUUUGAAGGUCCCCAGGUACUGCCUGUCCAACCGAUUCCCGCCGGAGAAGAAUAAAGUUUUCUAGAUCUGAACCCGACAUAGUCGCCAUGGUGACCCUGGCCCCGCCUUUUCCGGCGCUUGUCCAAGCCGUGCCUCUGCUCAUAUUGGUGCUGGGGUUCCUCCACUGGGGGCCUCCGGCGGUCGGGGCUCAGAACGACACGGAGCCACUGGUGCUGGAGGGGAAGUGUCUGGUGGUGUGUGACUCCGCCCCCUCGGCGGAGCCCUCCUCCUCCGGCGGCGCCCUGGGCAUGUCCGUCCGCUCGGGGUCGGGCCGCGUGGCGUUCUCCGCCGUGAGGAACACCAACCACGAGCCCUCGGAGAUGAGCAACCGCACCAUGACCAUCUACUUUGACCAGAUCCUGGUCAACGUGGGCGGCCAUUUUGACCCAGCACGGAGCAUCUUCGUGGCUCCCAAGAAAGGAGUCUACAGUUUCAGCUUCCAUGUGGUCAAAGUUUACAACCGACAGACGAUACAGGUGAGCCUGGUCCUGAACAGCUGGCCGGUGCUCUCUGCCUUCGCGGGGGACCAGGAUGUGACCCGGGAGGCGGCCACCAACGCCGGGCUGGUGCUGAUGGAGCGGGGGGACAAGACCUCCCUCAAGCUGGAGAGAGGCAACCUGAUGGGGGGCUGGAAGUACUCCACCUUCUCCGGCUUCUUGGUCUUCCCUUUGUAGGUGUGG